GGGCUCAGCCGUGUGGCGUCGCGCGGAGCUCGGCGACCGUAGGCGUCGAGGGCGGGGCGAUGCUGUAAAGUUGUUGAGAAUCACAGCUAAAAUAGCCUCGGAGCCCGUCGUGGUGUAACUGGGAAGAGCCUGCCGCGACGCGACUCACUCUCAGCUACUGACUCUCUCACAGAAUGUCGAAGGCAGCCAAGAAGAAGUCGUCCAAGAAGGCUAGAUCCGGAUCGGAGGCCGCUCAGUUCGAUCAGAAGACGAUAAACGAGUUCAAGGAGGCCUUCGGCAUUAUGGACCAGAACAAGGACGGGAUCAUCGACAAAAAUGAUCUAAAGGAUUUGUAUGCCACAAUGGGUCAGAUUGCCUCAGAUAAACAACUAGACGAUAUGAUCAAGGAAGCUCCUGGACCAAUCAAUUUCACCGUCUUCCUCACUUUGUUCGGCGAGCGAUUGACAGGAACCGAUCCGGAGCAAACUAUCGUUGGUGCUUUCGCCAUGUUCGAUAAGAAAGAAACUGGGAAGAUUUCAGAGGAAGACUUGCUGAAAAUUCUCCAGAAUAGGCGAGGAGAGCCCCUGAAUGAAGAUGAAAUCAAGGCUAUGUACAAGGGUCAUCCACCAAUCGAAAACGGUGAAGUCGACUAUAAAGCCUUUGCUCAUCUGAUUACCACCGGAGCUCAGGAAGAACUUGCAAACGCGUGAGCCAUUGUCUUCCAUCGCCAAUUCCUUUCGCUGUGGGAAAGACGCGAGCGAGCUCAACGCGGCGAUGGCGAAUCGCAGUCGCCGGCAAUCGCGCGUUGCGCCGGCUCGCCCUCUAGGACGCACUCGCGGUCGCAUCACGUUGUUUCGUUCCAUUCCGCGCAUCUAAUCCCGAAUAUUCCGCCUGCCUUUCCGUGCUUCGGAUAGUCAAGUAUGGCCCGGGUGGCCCGGCAGCCGCGAUGCGCUUCCCUCCGUCGGCAGAGGAGAAACUACUCGGUUCGCGACCGCCGAUCACCCAGCCUAACGCGCGAUUCGGCUGCAG